AUGGUGUUAAGAAGCAGUGGAAUAUUAUUUUCACGAAAUUUACUCUAUAUUGUAAUCGCCUUUUUCAUUAGUUCGGUGCGUAACGUAGAAACCAUACCGAUUGAUAACUCCCUCGCAGAUGCUGAAAUAAUCAAAGAUUGCGUUACAAAUAAAAGCGUUGACCUGGUACUUGUAUUGGAUGGUUCCGGUUCAAUUGGUGAUGAAACUUUCCAAUUGCUUCUCAAUUUCGCAGUGCAUAUCCUACGAAGGAUAAAUAUCACAGAGGAUGGUAGUCGAAUGGGUAUCAUUCAGUAUGCUGAGAAUCCUCAACUUGAAAUUACACUUAAUCAAUACAGUCAUUCUAAUCAGAUGGAAUGGGCUAUCCAACAGAUUAAAUAUCUGUCAGGUGCAACAAAUACGGGAGCUGCGCUUAAAUUUGCUCUGGAACGAGGUUUUCAGAAUGCACGAGGAGGUAAUAUUCCAAAAGUAGCAGUAGUAGUAACCGAUGGUCAGUCUCAGGACAGUGUUGCUGAAAGCGCACAACAAUUGAGAGAUGCGCAUGUGAUGGUGUAUGCAGUUGGUGUUACGAAUUUAGUUAAUGUACAUCAGUUACAUCAGAUAGCUGGAAAUCCAGCAAGAGUGCUUACGGUUGAAUCAUUCGACGAGUUGAGCAAAACUCUUGCAGAUUCACUUACUUGGGAUAUGUGUAAAACUGAAUUUAGACCGGGCACACCUGAUAUAAUCUGUGGUCCGGAUCGAAUUGGUGUGCGAGCAUCAACAAAGAAUCCAUUUGACGGGUACGUCUUUAUUAUGGAUCAUUUUCAUAAAAAGGAAUGCCGGGCGGGUCCCGAGGAAUUUCCAGAUGCUCGAAGUAUCGGUAUUACUAUACCGUUCACCGAAUGCAACAUACAUCGAUAUCGCUCAUUGAGCCCACGAGGUAUCUUCGUUGAAAUGACAGUUGUCUUCAUGUUUCAUGCGCUAUUUAUGACAAAAGUUGAUCAAAUGGUGAAAGUGCAGUGUUUUUAUAUGGAAGCUGAUAAGUCCGUAUCAGUACCAAUGGAAGUUAGCAUGAUCACAACACAGUUUCGUGAAAAGAUGUACGAGAUGCCUCGUUGUCAAUACACCCUGAGGCGUGGGUCACAGGACGGACCUGUUGUAGAGUAUGCACAACUUGGUGAAAAUGUCUACCACCGUUGGGAAUGCCAAGAUCAGACUGAUACAUUUGGAAUGCUUGUGCAUUCAUGCUACGUUGAUAACGGUUUUGGCGAUCGAGUAGAUAUUCUGGAUAAUAAAGGAUGUGGAGUGGAUGCUGUUUUACUGAUGACUCCAGAAUAUGAUGAAACACUGAGACUAGCAACGAAGCCGUACCAUGUUUUCAAAUAUGCCGAUAGACCUGUAUUACAAUUUCAGUGUCAGAUAACCUUGUGCCUUAAAUUGGAUGCAGGCUGUAUCGGACUGACACCGCCGAAUUGUCCGAAACUGGAACACAAUCAUAUACACAAUCAUGGUCAUGCACAUGGGCAAAAUGAAAUACGCCGUGCUCGGUCAGUCCUGGAAUUUAAUACCCUGGAUGUAUUUACGCCACAGUUACAUAUUGUUGAACAUUUACCACAGUGUUCUAAUCCUACCAUUCAAUUUCCUUCAUUCUAUGUUGUAAUAACUGUUACCAGUAUCAUACUAAAUAUCCUCUUGUCUACUCUUAUAUCAAUACCAUUUCUGAAAUCUAGGAAGAAUGGUAACGUAUGA